UCCAGCUGAAGCAUCUCCAGGAGGCCUUUUCUGGAUGUCACAUCAAGGCUGCCCUUCUGCCACAACACGGAGCUGGUGAUCCCCGAGUUCGUGGACAUGGCUUUGCUCAGCAAUAUCCUAGAGGCCUAUUCCUUUGUCUCAGAAAAUCCUGAGCGAGCAGCUCUGUACUUUGUCUCUGGUGUGUGCAUCGGGCUGGUCCUCACUGUAGCUGCCUUGGUGAUGAGGAUCUCUUGCCACAUAGACUGCCGGCAGCAUCCCCAGAAGAAGUUCCUGCAGGACCAAGAAAGCAGCAGCAACAGCAGUGACAGCGAGGAUGGCAGCUCCUAUGCAGCAUCCGACAUCUCAGUCAGGAGACACCGUCGCUUCGAGAGGACUUUGAACAAGAACGUCUUCACCUCAGCGGAGGAGCUGGAGCGUGCCCAGCGGCUAGAGGAGCGGGAACGCAUCAUCAGGGAGAUUUGGAUGAACGGCCAGCCCGAGGUUCCUGGCACCAGGAGCCUGAACCGCUACUACUAGGGGCAGGAGCAGGAAUCCACACCCCGUUGAUAGCCGCCUGGUAGAGAAAGGUCCCGCAAGGAGGGCGGGCACAAAGAGUUGAACGCAGCUCUGCUAAUGUUAUGGUGGCAGAGAUAAGCAGGACAUUCCCAUUUUCUGGCCAGGAGGACUGAUUUCUCCCUUUUGACUAAAUUUAUGGAGAAGUAGAAAAACCAAGUUGGUUCAUCAACUUUUCCAGGUCUUGGAAUGGUGCUGAAAACCCUCUCCAGCAAUGUGGAUGGAGAUUAGAGAAAUGGAACUUGUGUUUUCUCUUGAUUUCUGAGGAUCUCAGAAGUUUCUGCAGACUUCAUUGCUAUGUGUUAUUUCUUUACAAAAGGAAGUAUUAUUACAGCAUGAGGGCUAGGAAGAGCAGGGUUAACUUAACCCAGUAAAUGCAACUUUCUAAAUGACUCCAUGAUAUGGAGGUGAUUUUGAUCCAGAUAGCAUGAUCAAUGCUUAUUGUUUAAGGUCUAUUCUUUCAAUCUUGUGUUGCAAUGGCAACCUCAGGGAUUAAAAUCCUAUUUUUUAUUACAGUUCCCACUUCACUCAUGAAAAUGAAUAAUGUAUUAUAGGAGAUGUGUCAGUGAACUAGAAAAAUGUCAAUAACCUCAAAGGAUGAAGGUUUUAUUUUAAAUAGCUUGUAAAGAAUAUAUUAACAUGCAAUUAAUGCUACAUGCAUUUGAAAAUGCAGCACAAGAAUAAAAGCUGUGUUUUCC